AUGUUCACCAAAGUUCUUCUCCCGGCUCUCGCAGUCAUCGGCACCGCAGCUGCUGCCACCAGCUCCAUCUGCUCUCAAUCAACCGCCACCAUCAACUCCGCUGCCGAUGCCACCGCUUUGGCUGAUUGCAAAACCAUCGAUGGUAGCGUUCUUAUCAGUACCACCGCACCUGGUAUCAUCAACCUCGAUGGACCUGAAGAGAUUACGGGUGAUUUGAUGGUUGAGAACAACGGAGCCAUUACAACACUCUCCAGUACUUCCAUUAACACUAUCACUGGUGUUUUCGGCUUAAGCAAUUUGACUCUCUUGUCAACCCUCCAAUUCGCCGUUCUCGAUACAGUUGGAACCAUCAACUGGGCCGCUCUUCCAGCUCUCCCAUCCCUUACCUUCGCCAACGCUGUUAGCACCGCGAACAGUGUUACCAUUACCAACACCUUCUUGAGCACUCUCGAUGGUAUCAACUUGAACACCGUAGACACCUUGAACAUCAACAACAACAACCGUCUCAAGACCUUCAGCACCCAAGUUGGCAAUGUCACCACUCUCCUCAACAUCGACUCCAACGGAAAGAACUUGGAUGUUAGCUUCCCUAACCUUAUCUGGGCUGCCAACAUGACCUUCCGUAACGUCUCAAGUGUCAGCAUUCCAUCUUUGGCCGUUGUCAAUGGAUCCCUCGGCUUCUAUGAAAACUACUUCACCAGUCUUAAUGCACCAAAUUUGACUGCCGUCGGUAACACUGCUAACGGACAAGGUGGAUUGGCUUUUGUUGCUAACCCAGCCCUCGCCAAUAUCACCAUCCCUAUGCUACAGACUGUUGGUGGUGCUUUCCAAAUUGCCAACAACUCUGCUCUUACUGGUAUCUCAUUCCCAGAGUUGACUGAGGUCGGUGGUGCUAUUGACUUCUCCGGAAACUUCACUACCCCUGAAUUGGCAAAACUUGACGAUGUUAAGGGUGGUUUCAACAUGCAAUCCACUACCUCCAUCGACUGCUCCGGUUUCAAAUCUGAGCAUGACAGUGGUAACAUCCAAGGUACCUACACCUGCAAGACCACCGCCAAUGCUCAAUCCGGAACCAGCUCCGGCUCCAGCUCCUCUUCAAGCUCAUCUUCUUCUCCCAGCAAGGGUGCGGCUGUCUCCUACGGUGUUAACGAGGCACUCGUGGGUGUCUCUGUUUUCGGAGGUUUCUUGAGCAUGUUGUUGUAA